CGCUACUCACCGCUCCUCUUGUCGUCGUCGUCGAGAUCUUCGAAGACUUCCUUUCCUCUCCCGAUAUCUCCCAUUUGAAUCCACGAUUUUCCAUAGAUUCCGAGCCAUCUGAAGUCUUCCGUUGGAGAUUCGAAAGAAGACGCCGGUUUCUCUGCAUUCGGACUAGGGCUGGAGCUGGAGCGUCGCGGUGCGUUGGAAAGAUUCGUAGAGGGCAGGAAGAAUUCGUAGAUACAAGAUUGUUCGAUUGGAUCCGUGAGUUUUCUUUCAUACUUUGCCUUCUUUCAGUCUGAAGGUGGAGGUUAUGGCUUCGGCUAUUGUGAACGCGACCACGGCAGUAGUUGAAUGGGCUUCUAUGGCUUUCGAUGCUCCGUUUGCUGACGCUGUCGUGUUUGGGGUUCAUGUAGAUGGACACCUUGUUGUUGAAGUGCUACUUAUUGCUGUGAUACUGUUCCAACUCACUAGAAAAAGUUAUAAACCUCCGAAGAAGCCACUUAGUGAAAAGGAAAUCGAUGACCUUUGUGAAGAAUGGGUUCCUGAACCCCUUCAUCCACCUAUCACCGAGGAGAUGAAAGUUGAGCCUCCGACUUUAGAAAGUGCUGCUGGGCCGCAUACUGUAAUUGAUGGAAAGGAAGUUGUGAACUUUGCUUCUUCUAAUUAUCUAGGAUUAAUAGGCAAUGAAACAAUAAUCGAUUCAUGUGUUGCUUCCUUAGAGAAAUAUGGUGUCGGUUCUUGUGGUCCCCGUGGCUUCUAUGGAACAAUAGAUGUCCACCUUGAUUGUGAGAAGAGAAUUGCGAAGUUCAUGGGUACUCCAGAUUCAAUCCUAUACUCAUAUGGCAUCUCAACCAUUUUCAGUGUUAUUCCAGCAUUUUGUAAGAAAGGAGAUAUCAUUGUUGUAGAUGAGGGUGUUCAUUGGGGAGUGCAAAAUGGUCUUUAUCUCUCCAGAAGUAAUGUUGUUUACUUCAAGCACAAUGAUAUGGCGUCAUUGGAGAGCACUUUGGAGAAAUUGGCUCAUGGUAAUAAGCAAGCAGAAAAGGUCAGACGCUACAUUGUUGUUGAAGCAUUGUAUCAGAAUUCAGGUCAAAUUGCCCCAUUGAAUGAUAUUGUGCGAUUAAAGGAGAAAUACCGCUUUCGGAUAAUAUUGGAAGAAAGUCAUUCUUUUGGUGUACUUGGAAACACUGGGAGAGGUCUUGCCGAGCUUUAUGGAGUUCCAAUUGAGAAGAUUGAUAUAAUAACCGCUGGUAUGGGAAAUGCAUUGGCAACCGAUGGGGGCUUUUGCACUGGAAAUGCCAGAGUAGUUGAUCACCAACGUUUGAGUAGCUCGGGGUAUGUAUUUUCCGCGUCUUUACCACCGUAUCUUGCAAGCGCUGCUGUUGCUGCAGUGAAUUACUUGGAGGAUAAUCCAUCUGUCCUCAUGACAUUGAGAAGGAACAUUCAUCUACUUUGGGAAGGCUUGUCUGAUGUACCAGGAUUGAUGAUUGUAAGUGAUCCAUUGUCGCCAAUUGUCUUCCUAAAACUGAAAAAUUCUACAGGAUCGCUGAAAAAUGAUUUGGAACUCCUUAACAAAAUUGCCGAAAGGGUACUAAAGGAAGAUUCUGUUUUCAUUGUGAGCACAAAAAGGUCCGUUCUUGAUAAGUGCCGCCUUCCGGUAGGCAUUCGCGUGUUCGUUUCAGCAGGUCACACUGAAUCUGACAUCAAGAAAGUGUCUGAGUCAUUGAGAAGAGUUGCAACCGAGAAUUUGUGAAAAAUGGUUCGAAACUUUGAUCUAUAAAUCUCUUAUUUUUCCUACUACUGUGUUUCAAUGGAGAAGAUGAGGGGAAAAAUGUAAUGGUGUUUUUGUUGAAUAUGGACCAAAAGAGUAGAUCAAACUUGUGCAUAUCUUCGGACCAAAUCAACUUCCCUUGGACAUGAAAACUUGUGGACUGUGACACUUCGCUCCAUAAACUUUCGACUGAGAGAUAUGCCCAGCAGAGUUCUGAAUGUCAUUCUGGUAACCCUGUAACAAAGUAGUCAACUGGAUUACAUUUAAAUGAUUGAGAUGGAUAAUUUCUUUGGAAAGGCUUGUUGAUGCCAUUUGUAUUGCUUUAAGAAUGAUUUAUCAUUUGUUGCUGUUU